AUGCUGCAGAUUGUCGAGAUUGUACGGUCGUAUACGGCCACCCACAAUCCUAUUGUGGUGGUGUCUGCGCUCAGUGCCCAGAUCAAGACCGAGGGCACCACCACACGCCUACUCACAGCCGCUCAGAGGGCUGUGGAAGGAGACAAGUACGGUUGUCGUAUGCUGCUCAACGCUAUUAAAACAACACACCUGGUGGCUGUGCAUGAGGCUAUGGGUGACUGUCCCGAUAGCAGCGUGGUGCAGAACGACAUCAGCGAAGAUCUGGACAAGCUAACCAAUUUCAUGGAUGCUAUUAUG